UCAUAACUAGAUUUUGGUUAUGCAAACUAGUUAUAGCAUUGCCGAAGAUCAUCACGAUGAACCUUGAAAGACCGUCAUUUGUGGUGCCUUCUGUUCAGGAGUUGGUUACAGGAAAGAUCACCGAGAUCCCACAACGGUACAUCCGAAAUGAUAUCACAAGUACUAGUCUUGAAAAGGAUAGUAAGUACACCCUACCUGUUAUAAACAUAGAGCACCUACUUUCUGGAGAAUUGGUAUCGGCUGAUUCUGAAUUAGAGAAACUUCACUCUGCUUGCAAGGACUGGGGCUUCUUUCAGGUGGUAAAUCAUGGAAUCAGCUCCUCCGUGGUUGAGAAACUAAAGUUGGAAAUACAAAGGUUUUUUGAACUUCCGAUAGAGGAGAAAAACAAGUUGCAGCAAAAACCAGGAGAACAGGAAGGAUUUGGGCAACUUUUUGUGGUUUCAGAUGACCAGAAACUUGAUUGGGCAGAUUUGUUAUUUAUAACAACUCUACCAAUUGAAAUGAGAAAGCCUCAUUUAUUUGACGGCAUUCCACUACCACUAAGGGGCGCGUUGGAGGCUUACUCGGUAGGAUUACAAACCCUGACCAUGAUUCUACUAGGGAAAAUGGCUAAAGCUCUAAAGAUGGAUUAUAAUGAGAUAGGGGAGUUGUUUAAUGAUUGUUCUCAGAGAAUGAGAUUGAACUACUAUCCUCCUUGUCCAAUGUCAGAGAAAGUGUUAGGCUUAUCGCCGCACUCCGACGGUGGUGGUCUGACGAUUCUACUUCAACUAAAUGAAACAGAAGGCCUUCAGAUUCGUAAAGAUGGGAACUGGCUUCCAGUGAAACCUGUCCCCGAUGGAUUUGUAGUCAACAUUGGAGACAUGAUAGAGAUUUUAAGCAACGGUGUCUAUCGUAGUAUCGAGCACAGGGUUUUAAUUCAUCCAACAAAAGAGAGGCUUUCUAUUGCCGCAUUUCAUGCAGCCAAACAAGACGGAGUGAUAGGCCCUGCACUUAGCUUGAUCGAUCCUCCGAAUAAACCAGCAUUAUUCCAAAAAGAGACUGUGGAGAAAUAUUAUGAAAAUUUCUAUGCGCGGAAGCUUGAUGGGAAAUCCAACCUAGAUUGCAUGAGGAUUCAAAACGGGCAAGACGAUCACUCCAGUUGAAUGCUAUCAUGGUUUUAGUACCAUGGCCAUAAUGUUUAUGAGUUUAUUUUUAUUGGUUUGGCUCUUUUGUUUGCUUUGUAGUUUGAUCCUUAAAUGAACAUUCAUAUAAUGUACACUUAUACAUA